AAGGGACUUUGACAUUCCAAACAUGUUUGGAACUAGGAAUAGAGCUAGAAAUGAUCACAUCUAAGUACAUAGAUUUAACCGUGAACUCUCCAUUCCUGGUUAAUUUCCAGCUCAACGAAUCCGGCCAUUGAGCAAGCUGCACAUCCAUCAGUCUUCUCACCAAAUGGAGCCAGGCUUCCCAACGCGCUCCGGUGCAUCCUGCUGGAGAUUCCACUCAUCAGAUGAAUGCUCUUGAGCCAGCUCUAGUACCUAUUAUAACGAGGAGACGAUCAAUUUGUUCAACCUAAGCACAAGGACUUCUAGAGCAAAUUCAGCCAUGGGACAAACUCAUAGAGAUGUUCAAAGUUCCAAGUCAGAAUUGAACAGAACUAUUGAUUCGGAUAAAGUUCACGUGGAGGAAAGAGAUGCAGCUGGUGGUAGUUUUUCAAGCACAAGAUCAAGUACGACUUCAUUAAAAAUGCUAUUAGCAAAAGAGACGAGUAAAGAAGUGGAGUCUAAGAGCAACGCACCAAGUGUCGUUGCAAGAUUAAUGGGCCUUGAGGAUUACUUCCCUGCCAAAGAACCAGUUUUAUACGAUGCUAGAGAUUUUAGGAAAAGUCAAUCAUGUAACCACUUAACAGUGACAAAGAAGGCCUUGCAGCAGCAAGCACAGCAGAAUUCCAUACAGCCGGUUACACAAGUUAUCCAUACAUCAUGUGAAACAAUUGAAUAUGAUGGUGUAUAUGAAGGAUGUGAAGAGAAAGCCAGAAUGAGUUUGUUCCAGGAUCAAUCUUCACAGGAAGGAAGACAUUCUGAGAGCAAGAGUGGUAGAAUGGAUACUGUCCCAGAGAAGUUCAGGCAAGGAAAAAGCCAUGCCAUGGAAGAAAAGCUCCUUCAUUCUGGGGAGUUAGAAGAAUCUCUCCAUGUUCUUAGUUCAGAGAAAGAUUUUUUUCUGAAAUGUCAUGAAGAACCUGACCCCAUUUUGCCAAGAUGGAUGAGCGGGCUUCACCGGACUCCAGGAUCACCUCCGACAAGACGCAUUACCGUGCUGAAACCGAUGAGAUCUGUUCAGUAUAAUGGUGCAAGACAAUCAAGAACAGACCGGGCUAUUGAGCAAAAUGGACUGGGGCUCAGAAAGUUUCAUCAGAGGUCUAGUUCAAAAGAAGGAACCCCUUCGCAGCCAAGUAGUAGAAUAGUACUCUUGAGGCCUACCCCAGGGAAGCCAAGUAUACCGAAUGCAAAGCUGACGCACAAGGCAGCUCCAUUUCGGUUAAUUGACCGGAACAAUUUCAACAGAGUAUUACUUGAUAAUGCGGCAACCCCAGCUUCCACAAAAGUAGUGAAUGAUAUCAUUCGGCACCGCCAAUAUGACUCUCGUCAACGAGAUGAUUCUUUAUUAUCUUCAACGCACUCAAACGGAUAUGGUGGUGAUGAAAGCUCGUUCAGCGAUUCAGAGGUUGAUCACAGUGGAGAUUCUGAGGUUGAUUAUAUCGAAGAAGAUGGUGGCAGCUUCAGUGACUCAGAGGAAGGUAGUCCUGCAUCAAAGUAUUCAUGGGAUUACACCAGAAGAUAUGGAAGUCCCUACUCCGGCUCAUCUUUUGGCAGGAUCCCGCAUUUUCCUGAGUCAAUGGUUACUAAAGAGGCUAAGCAACGGCUUUCGCAGCGAUGGGCAAUGGUAACCUGUGAUGAGAUCAGUCAAGAGCAAGUACAGCCGCCAAGGAGCACAUGCACCUUAGGUGAGAUGCUCUCCCUCAAUGAAGGGACGAAAGAUUUCACUGCUUGCAGAAAGGAUGAUAAAACUGGCGAGAGGUCUAGUAAGUUGCCAAGAUCAAAGUCUUUGCCAGUGAUUUCAGAUACAUUUGAUAACAUGGUGUCAAAAGUUCAAGCUUCAAAUCCUGAGAGCUGCGAACCAGCAACAGAGGUUUUAUUGUCAAAUAAAGGAAAAUCAUCUUUCAGGGGAAGAGUUUCUGAUUUUCUGUUUCCUAAAAGAAAGCCAAUAAGGCAGAAAACCAACCAUCGUCCAUCUGAUUGCUUUGAUGAGAGGGUUGAAGCUUGUCUUGGUGAUAGUCAAUCACAUGCUAGUCAUAGUUUAGAAACUGAUGAAAAACUGGCACUACGUGAAGAGAAAAUUGAUAUUUCUGCCAUGCAGAACUCUACCAGCGCUUCAGAGGGAACUGCUUCAGUUGAUCUGCCUACAUCAUUGGUUUGUCGAAGCAGAAGACUUGAUAGACCAGGAUUAAAUGAAGGCCUGAAUUGCACUCGUGAUCAGCCCAGUCCGACCUCAGUUCUUGAUGCACCCUCUGAAGAUAGCAGCUGUAACGAACCUGAAUCAUCUGGAAGCACUACUUGGAAGAAUGCGAAAGCUGCCUCAAGAUCCUCAGCUGUCGAGGCCGUUGCGUGUUCCUUAUCAUGGGAUGAUGCCACCUCAGAAUCACAAUCACUUGGUAUCCCAAGGUCGCCAUACCUUCCCUCUGACGUAGACGAGGAUGAAUCGGAAUGCCAUGUCCUUGUGCAAAACAUAAUGUCAUCUUCUGGGUUAGAAGAUGCACGGUCAAGCAUGGUAUUUGCUGGCUGGCAUUUACCUGACUGCCCCCUUGAUCCAGUCCUUUUUAACAACCUUCUGGAGCUACGGGAGCAGAGGUCGUACAAAAGACUUCUUUUUGACUGUGUCAAUGUUGCUCUGGUCGAGAUUGGCGAGAACGCCCUACUGAGCGCAUUCCCGUGGAGCAAAGCACGCACGGGAACAUGGAGGGACGGUUCAUCUCCUGCUUUGGGGGUGGAAGUGUGGAGCAUUCUGAAAGACUGGAUUUACGGGUCGCGGAUGUUUGUGGUGAGCAAGAGGGACAACACUGGGGUUGUGAUGGAUAGAAUCGUGAAGCAGGAGGUUGAAGGAAGUGGCUGGGUGAAAAUGAGGAUGUCACAGGUGGUUGACAUCGUGGAAGGGAUCGAGGGGGGAGUGCUGGAGGAGCUGCUGGCAGAGGCUGUGCUGGAUUUCGCUACUUGAUGAUUUCAACGGCGAGGUAUGUCUUUUGACAGCUGCUCAUUGAAUUGUCGCACGCGGAUAUGAUUCACCUGCUUGUGUCAUGACUCUGUAGCUGAUUAGAAAGGUUGUAGUGUUCGAAAGUUUUGUACUCCCUCUGUAAACUAAUAUAAGAGCGUUUAGAUUACUAAAGUAGUAAUCUAAACGCUCUUACAUUAGUUUAGGAGGAAGUAGCAUUUUGUUUGAGCAAAUCAUGGUAAUUGUGCAGUUCACAAAAUUGAGCCAAGCUUGCCUUACUGAUAUACAUUUCUUUGGCUGUGUGCAUCCCAGCCACGCAGAGGCCGGGUGUGCACUAACUGUGUUUGUAUACUCUUGAUGCUUCAUUUUGAGCCAAUAAAUUCACCCUUUGUCAAUAAAUACAUUUCUGUAUUUGGAAAGUUUAGCAUCUAAAAUGUGUAAAAUUAAAGGGAUCAAAAUAGGAAAUGUACAUGCUAUCAGAAAAUCACCUGCUGCCAAUUACAUGUAACUGAAGAGGUAAGAUAGUGAGCCCAGUGAAGAAGCUGCAAAAAUUGUCACCGACGUCCUCAGUCUCCAGCACAGCUUUGCCCGAUGAAAAUAUAUUUGGAAGUAAUUGUAGCCAAUAUUUCUUCAAGUAAGAACUUUUGACAUCUGGCUGUUUGGGCCAUCUGGAUUCUGGAGGCAACGUAAUGCUCGGUUGUUUGAGAAUAGGAUCACGCCCAUUCUCCAGGUCGUCAGCCAGUUAAAACGGACACUAUCCUCUGGUUGGAGAAGGUUCAGCUUCAGGCUCUAGGGUUCUUUGGGGCUGUGGGGUUUUAGUAUGCGGGUGUGAUCAACUGAUUAGUAAUUUUGAACAUUCAAAGUAAAUAAAAACAAAAGGAAACUUCUUGAACAAACAGCCAGGGUUCACCCAACAGCAGUCAUUGAAGUAUCACACAAUUAUUCGUUCAGCCCGAAAGCUGUUGUAGAAUAGAAAUGUGAAAAUAGAAGAAAUUGUCACCCAUCCACUGUAUUGGUUCACAAUGAUGCAGUCUUACAACUGAGAAUUACAAUGAGACAUCUUCUCCGUGGUAUCAAUCCAUGGUAUGGGAAUACUGGAUGUCACGACACACAUCUGCUCAUCAAAUUCCUUCACAAAUUCUUUAAUAAAGCUAAUCUCCCAUGGGUGAAUCUGAUAUGAGAAAAAUAUUACAAUUCUUUUUUUUUGAGAAUCAAGAUAUUACAAUUCUGGGCCAUCAUCUGACAAGAUGGAGCGGAAAGAUAUUCUCAAGCUCUUGCCUGAAUUCAAAACAUCUGCUUCCUGCAAACUUGGUGAAGGAAGCACCAUUCUGUUUUGGCAUACAAAUGGCUUGAUGACCCACAACUCACAUAUACGCAGAAUUGCACUCUUUUGCCAUGGA